AUGGCUGCUUCAACAUUUUCUGACGUGAUCGUAUCUGAAGAUAUUAGAAAACGAUUUUUAAUCUCCUCAAUUGUUCUAGGAUUUACUCAUUUAACUUUCGAAAUUCGUCAGUUUAUUUAUGACCCUAUUAAAUGGAUUAUUGAUCCUUGGAACUAUUUAGAUCUUGGAGCAUUUUUAGUUCCUACCAUUACAUCUAUUUAUUGGUUAGUACUAGAAAAUGGAACCAUUGCACCAAAUUCAUCAUUUGUUCAAAAACCCGACAUGAAUACAAACAUGUUUACUGAUUACGGAACUUCAGUUUUAUCAAUGUAUUUAUAUCUCAUAGGCGAUCCGAAUGCUUUAUCCAACUGGGAAUAUAAGAAUAAUUCACAACUUACCAUACUAAUGGUAUUAUUCUCAUUAUUAAUUGCCGUGUAUCUUAUGAACUUGUUGAUCGGAUUGCUCAGUAAUGCUAUUGAGGAAGAUAAUAAUAGAGUUUCAUAUUAUCACGCCGAUGUUGAUGAGACUCGUAGGAAAAUUAAAGAACUAAUUAAAGAUGGUGAAUGGAAUUCCGAUAAAUUUUCUGAAAUGAAGCAAAAAUUAUUAAACAAGCUAAGGAUUCAGGAUAAGUAA